UGACCAUGGCACUUUCUGCAGAGACUGAGUCACAUAUCUACCGAGCUCUGCGCACUGCCUCUGGGGCUGCCGCCCACUUUGUGGCCCUAGGCUUUACCAUCUUUGUGGCUGUGCUUGCCUGGCCUGGCUCCAGCCUGUUCUCCUGGCACCCUGUGCUUAUGUCUUUGGCUUUCUCCUUCCUGAUGACCGAGGCACUACUGGUGUUCUCUCCUGAGAGUUCACUGCUGCGCUCCCUCUCACGGAAGGGCCGAGCACGCUGCCACUGGGUGCUGCAGCUCCUGGCCCUGCUAUGUGCACUGCUGGGCCUCGGCCUUGUCAUCCUCCACAAAGAGCAGCUUGGCAAAGCCCACCUGGCCACACGGCACGGGCAGGCAGGGCUGCUAGCUGUGCUGUGGGCUGGGCUGCAGUGCUCAGGUGGGGUGGGGCUGCUCUACCCCAAGCUGCUGCCCCGAUGGCCCCUGGCGAAGCUUAAGUUAUACCAUGCUACUUCCGGGCUGGUUGGGUACCUGCUAGGUAGCACCAGCCUCUUGUUAGGCAUGUGCUCACUCUGGUUCACUGCUACUGUCACUGGUGGGGCCUGGUACCUAGCUGUGCUAUGCCCUGUCCUCACCAGCUUGGUCAUCAUGAACCAGGUGAGCAAUGCUUACUUAUACCGCAAAAGGAUCCAACCAUGAGCUUCCAGCUUAGGGGAGGCUUGGAUUUGCCCUUUAGUGUGGGAACUGCCAUUAAAAACCCCUGGACUCUUCUCAGCUGACUCCGACACCUCAGGCACUGGAUCAAUCAAGGGUAGGAGGAGACCCAUGUGUGGUAUUUUUGCAUCUUAUGCUGGAGUGUCUCCCUUUUCCUUGUCUCCAUCAUUCCAGAACAUAUGGAUCAUGUAUCUGAAUGAAGUUUAGGUUGUGAGACUGCCUCCUAGCAAUGCAGUUCAUACUUGCACUGAAAUGUCCAGAAAUUUCAGAAGAAAAAAAAAUAAAAGACUGAAAAGACCAA